UUAGGAGGGUAAAAAUGGAACGGCACAUUCAGCAAGUGAAAAGAGGUCCAUGUAAAUCUGAACAUAAUGAAAAUAAUUUACUUAAUAAUGGUGGGGUCUAUUACAACAUUUAAAACAUGGGAAGACAAUCUAAAUGACCUACAGUAUAUAACUGAAGUCAUUGUAUAACGCUAAUAAGGUUGCUUAAAAGUUGGUGGGGACAAUUUCAGCAUCCAGAAGAAUGGCGCAACGCACGCAUGCUAUUUUUAGACCAUGACGUCGCAUCGUAAAGCGGAAGUAAAGCCGAAGGGGGACAUUAUAGACCCGCCCUCGCAUAGAAAUAACGUCAUUUGUGCUACUUUUCUCCGGUAAUCUUUCAAAAACGAACAUGCCGAUCACACAUUGCUUUUUGGAACUUGUAGAAACGACUCUAGACAUUACGACACAUGAAGGACGUUUUCUUCAUACGUUUCCGGAAACCAAAAAUGGGAGGAAAAAAUGUGAAGACCGAAUCAACUUGCGCGGACUUUAACACCAGCUCGGUGAAUCUAUUCACAUUUCAUAUACAGUAAAAAUUUUGUUGGGUUGGCAUGGUCUUUCAGAGGACAAAGAGGUAAGCCAUUUUUAUAUUUUUAACUUAUUUUUUUAGCGUAACGUUGUGCCGUACUGCUUCUGUCUGACAAUGAAUGACCUGAAAAGAAUUGCAAUGGUGUCUGACUGCCACUGUUACCGUUUCCGUUUGUAUAAAAAACAACUUUAGUAAGGGGGAAGUGUAAAUAAAUUAUAGAAUUAAGAUUUGUUAUCAAUGAAAAAAAUUAAAGUGUUUGUUGGCUGUCACUGAGAAGCAUUUGCGAUCGCUACACAAAGCUAACUAAAUUACUCCCAAGAACGGUAAGAGACGUAGGACAAACAGAGGAUAUAUAAGAAAGACAGGGCUGAUGGUAAAGGAUAGCUUGUUGAAACAGGAGAAUGUCAUUGUCAGUCGCGUCGAUAAAAAAGCUAAGGCUAUGUUUAGGUCGGCUCGUUUUUUCAUCUUUUUCAGCCUUUGACACUCAAGCCAUCUCUUUAACUGAACAUUUUUAUGUUCUUCCACAUCUUUGCCAGUGAAUUUGACACCAGGCACAUCAUUUUCGGAGAGAAUUGGUAGGUUUAGCUCUGUAAACAUCUCCUUCGUACACGAUUUCCAUUCAUUUCCUAUUAAGGACAAACGGUGGCUUGUCCCUACUUAGCAACAGUAGCUAAUGUCAUUAAUAUUAAUGAGCGGAAGUGACGUGUUGCUUGCGAUAUGCCAUUGGUAGUGUUUUGUCCCUACCGUCCCUAUGCAAACCUACGCCCUUGAUUUGAAAUGAGUUUUGAUUGAGCCUUAUUGCUUUUUCGUUGACUAUCCACUAGAUAGCAGUAUAACACUGAUAAUGGUCACAUGCUAUUUAGUGGGAGUCCCUAUGGUGGGGAAGCGUUCAUUGGGAAAAUCCACUUGGGAUUUUAGAGACUGUGUAGGAGGAUAAUAUCGCUUUUCCUCGUGUCCUUGAAUGCAGCGUCGGCGCUCCCAGCAGCUCCUAAAGGAGGAUAGACGCUUAGAAAUUGCUUACACGAGUUAUGCAACUUUUCCACAACUAACUUCUGGUCUUUAUCGUCGAAUUAUUUAUUGUAACAAAAAUUUCUUUUUGCAUGUUUGUAAUCAGUCAUGAUUUUCACAGUCGUUCUGAUUGCACUGUGUAGUAUUUUGACGCACACUUUGACGCAAGGCUGCCAACUUCCCUCCGAGUGGCGGCCGCUGAGCGAGGGAUGCCGAGCGGAGUUGGCCGAAAUCAUCGUGUACGCGCGGGUUCUGGCCAUCCAUCGGGAGCCGCUGGCUGGCGGAGGGGCGGACAGCCUGUACAAUUCGCUGCCAGUCGGGUUCGGAUACGGGUACGAGGGUGCUGAGGAAGGGCUGCUGUACUCGGCCGAGGUGGAACUCCUGUGCGAUCAAGCCUGGGGGAGCAUGUUGGAGGUCCCGGCGGGGUCGCGUCUUAAUUUCACCGGCCUGGGUUACCUUUCUUGCCAAUCUCACACGGUGAUGGAGAACUACUCCUACUUUUUCUUCCUUAGGAUGGACGAGAACUACAACAUCCUUCCCCACGGGGUCAACUUCCAAGAUGCCAUCUUCCCCGACACAACCGAGAACCGACGCACCUUCUCCAGCCUCUUCCAGUUCUCCAACUGUAGCCAGGGAAGCCAACCUUUCCACACCUUCACCCCCGAGUGGGAUACUGUGGAGGACAGCAGGCUGCUGUGCUCUUCCGUGCAAGCGGCGCUGUUCGAGGAGGAGGAGCGUGGCCGGCGGCUGCAGGAGCGACUGGCCGCCGCCGAGCACAGGAACAAGCAGCUGAAGGGGCGCGUACGCAAGGUCAAGCGCUCCCUGAGGAACGCCCGUAAGGCCGUGAAGAAGGCAGAGCAGGAGGCUCGGGAUUUGCUGCGAGAACUCAAAGCGGUACGAGACGGUCAUCAUCUCAACACCAUCACUCAAGAAGAACCUCCACCGGGGCGAUACGCCGGCACAGGCCUGCGGCCAAGAAUGCAACUCUGAUGAAUCAUUUGUUGUAAAACCCGACUAAGUGAUCGACUGCUGGGCAGUCUUUAUGGACAAAUGGCCUUACAGAAAAUUGCUGUACUUGCCUUUUGAUUGAGUUGUUGUUGGUGCAACCGCAAACGGCUAAGCGGCUCAGAACGGAAUGCUAAAUUCUGUGUAAACAAGCAGUCACUUUUCAUUUUACAACAUUAGUUCACAGUCUGGACGGGAAACGAGUAUUGUGUCACUGUCUGUACAUACCACAAUGAGAAUUCAGUGUUCAGCAGGGGUAAAGGUGGCUAGAAUUUCUUGCCGGAACUCCCCGACGUGAAGGAGCCAGAAAUUUUGUUUAUUUAUUUUCUUUUUUUCCAAACCUCCAAAAUCUUCUGAAAUGCUCAGUUAUUUCUAUAACACAUACAAAAACUUUUCAUUCAAAAUUGUAUUUUUUCAAUGAUUUGCAAAAUAAAAGUUAACAAAAACAGUAAUAACCACAACCUCCAUUUCCUAAUUUUUAUUUUCCCUCAUUUUCUCACUUACUAAAUGCCAAAUCUCAAUUUUAACUACUUACGAACAUAGAAAAAUUACUGAAAAUUGAAGUUAAUGUAAACAUUUACUUUUGCUUUUUUUUUUUUUUUUUUUUUUUUAAAUAAUGAAGAUAUAAGUAACAUACAUUCAGAAAAAUAACUACAAAUGACUUUUUUAUGCAGAGUGAAAUGGAAUAUAUUUUGAAGAUUGCGCAAACAUUGACUUUUUUAAAGCCCAACAAAAAUGAACAAAUAUAAACCCAAAGUGCACAUUGACAGUUAAGAUGUUCUGAACCUCCCCAUUUGAGCAAAUAAAACUAAAUAUAAUAAAUAAGCCUCCUCAACUUUCCUUUCCUUGCUCUAAAAGAUUUGAUCCAUUUUCUGUUGCAUUGCCCUUUUUUUGUCGCAUCAAUUCAACAAGCUUUUUUUUUUUAUUGCUGUUCCAGGAAACAUGCACAUUUCAACCAAUCAGAGUUAACCAUGUCUGCUGAUCACAUGUCAGUAUGUCAGCCAAUUGAACGGAUAAAUGAGUCCAGGCAUUUUGCUUUGCUGCGUGCAUUCGCACAUUGACAUCAGGGCCGGCCCAGCCUAUACGCAGAUUAUGCAGCUGCUUAGGGCCCCUGACCACUAGGGGGCCCCCAAUCUGGCAAUUGUUUAAUUUAUACUCUAUUUUGUUUACUACUUUUUUGAGUUUUGAUACUUGAUUACAAGCUUAAAAAAAAAAAAAAAGUUCUUCCUUAACUUCUGUUUUUCCUCUUUAAGAAAAAGGUUUGGCGCCAUCUACUGUAAGUACUGACAAUCAUUUGGGGUGAGAAGUUUGAAGUAUGCAGUGCAAGAAAAUCUGAUUAAUAUACAAAAUAUGGACGUAUGGGUUGGAUUGCAUGUAUGGGUUUCACAGUACACUGUGACGAAAUGGUGGGCCAAAAAUAUGGGCCCCUUUGCAUUAUUUUGCUUAGGGCUCCCAAAUGGCCUGGGCCGGCCCUGAUUGACAUGACUCAUCAUUGUCAGACUCAGAUAACUGAAGCAUCUGGGGAAACCUCCAUGCCGUCCAUGGAAUAAAAUACUAAAUAUCGGUGGAAAGUUAACAGAUUAUGCUACACAAGCACUUUAUUAUGCUUGUUGUUAACACUUUUGUAUGUAAAUCUGAUGUUGGUAGAUUGUUUUCUUCUUGGAGAUGAAAUGUGGCAGCUUAGCAUUUUUUUAAUAUAGCGUUUUGACAGUUGCCAUCAUAUUUUUGGAACCAAAGCACCGUGUACCGCAACAGCAUUCAGGCCCUGAAUCUUAUACCGGAACUGCGUUCCUGACUGUUCUGGCCCACUUUCGCCCCUGGUGUUCAGACUACAAGUCUUGUGGUCAAGACUGAGACAUAAACCUGACCAAGACUUGCCUGAAACUAGCCCAACUUCUUCAAUUUUUGAAAUGGGUAAAGACUCCCCCUGCUCUACAUGGUUGCUCAUCCGGCACGUGUUUAGAGAAUUGUAGGUCAGGGGAUCGUUUCAAAUGUGUGGGGUAAUUCAGGGUGAGGACUCGUGGUUCACCAAGUGAAUGGAAUGUGUUUGCAAGGGGCAAGAGCAGCAGGACGUCCCUGGAAUAUUUCUCCAAUUCACUCUGGAGGGAACAAGUGUUAGAGCAAAAUAAUGUCCUGAAUUAAAAAAAAAAAUUUUGAACAGUAGCAUUCGCCGGUGUAAUGCAGGGAAAAUACAUCUUCCCACAAACACACUUGAGGGAUAGAGGAUCAUCUUUCCUUUUUUUCCGAUCUCAACCUGCAGACAAAAAAAUCUGGAAAAUUUACAAGCACUUGUAAAUCAUUUAUGGACACAUCAAGGCAUCAGAAGCACCGUAACAAUUGAGGUUUUGGUCUGGGAGAUGAAGAAAACAUGUGGCGUGAUGACAGAACUUUGAAAAAAUAUGUAGCGGUUAAAUGUUUAAACACCAAAGACUGUCAUUUAUAGUUAUAGGAAGGAGUUUGUAAAAACUGUGUUUGCAUGCUUUUAAUACAGAAA